CGCCGCGCAAGCGCAGAGUGUGAGGCCGCGUGUGGGGGGAAGGCGGCGCCCGGCCAGUGGGGCCCGCGGCAGGAUAUUCCUGGGCGGCGAAGGCGUUUCUAGGAAGCUCCCCCAAGCCAGUGGAAGGCUGAAUGAAGGGCACAGGAAAGACCACCAACCCUCCAAUAUUGAGUCUCUCUAGACCUGGAUGGUGAAUUGCAAUUGCAGGAGUUGCCAUCUUGGAAUCCCAUGGCUUUCCCUAGCGGGCUCUGGGGCCCCUGCGUCCACAUGAGCAGAGCAUUCAGCCAGCGCUGUUUCAGCACCACCGGCAGCCUCGGCGCAAUUCAGAAGCUGACGCGGGUGCGCGUGGUGGACAACAGCGCCCUGGGGAACACCCCUUACCAUCGCCCUCCUCGCUGCAUCCACGUCUAUAACAAGAACGGGGUGGGCAAGGUGGGCGACCGGAUCCUGCUGGCCAUCAAGGGGCAGAAGAAGAAGGCGCUUAUCGUGGGGCAUCGCAUGCCUGGCCCCACGAUGACCCCCAGGUUUGACUCCAACAACGUGGUCCUCAUUGAGGACAAUGGGAACCCGGUGGGGACCCGAAUCAAGACACCCAUCCCCACCAGCCUCCGGCAGAGGGAAGGCGAGUUUUCCAAGGUGUUGGCCAUCGCGCAGAACUUCGUGUGAGCGGAGCCCAGGCACCGGCCGCGGGGGCUCGUGGAUGGAGCCGUUCUGAGAACUGUGCCUCUGCUGAGAGGGAGCCCGAGAACGGUGUCCUGUGGGAAAAUAAACGCUUCCAUGUACGUCUCUUCCUGAGCUUUCUGGGUGUGGCCGUGCGGUAAAUGGCACUGGAACGGCUAAAAGGUGCCGCUUGAGACGGUUGGUCUUUGCCCUCAGUAGCCUGUGAGCUCACCCGGGAUUAUCAGGUGCUGGAAAAUUGAAGUACAAGCUGAAUGCCAAUUUGUAGAUUAACAGUAGAACCUCACUUUCUAGCCAGGCAGACUACUUACUUGCCUUCCAGAAUGUCAUCUCCCUGCGUCAGAGGGCUGGAGGUGCUCAGUAAAGGUGACUGGAUUACUGGGUGAGUGUGAGUGAAGCAGGGGACUGAUUCCUCCAGCAGACCGUGGGCUCCCAGCUCCGAGAGAACCCACCCAGCCUGCCUUCCUCCACCACGGGUUGCCCUCUGCUAGGCCCCCACUGCUGCUCUGGGCCCAGAGAUGACAGCUGCCCGCCCUGACCGCAGGAAGUGCGCUAGCCCUGGUGUUUGCAGAGCACCUAAUGGUGGGGCUGUGCAGGGGAUUCAGUGAUAGUUUAUCUCCAGUUUUUUUUGCUGGUCUCCUUGUGGAGGUUUGGGCGGGGCUCCUUCCAUCCCUUCAAAUGGAAUCUCUUCCAUUCAUUUCUACAGUCACUCUGCACUCCCAUUGCAGGGGAGCGAAGAUGCCUCAUCCCCACGACGUGGCUCAGAAAUAAAAAAUAGUCACUCCUUUAUUCAUUCAAAA